AACUCGGAACUGUAAAUUAUAAUAUAUUGUUUAAUAUAUGUGGAGGAUUAAUUAUUAUGAUUAUUAAUUAAGUAAAUAAUGCAUCUUAUAAAUGUAUAAUUAUACCAAUAUAUUAUAUAUAUUUUAAAUUUCACUUCAUAAGGUUUUUUUUUGUACAUAAGUAGUUGUUAAAUACGACCCUUAAAUAUUUUCAUUAAAAACUGUAUGGUAUCUAGUUAUAAAAAAAAUAUAAAUAUAAAAAAAAUGCAACAGCAAGAUAUCCAGCUAAAAUAUGCAAAAUUAAAUGUUGGUGGUUCUCUAUUUUACACAACAAUCGGUACACUAACUAAACAUGACACUAUGUUAAAAGCAAUGUUUAGUGGUCGUAUGAAAAUCCUUACUGACACAGAAGAAGUGUAUAUGUUAACAGGGUGGGUUCUCAUAGACCGUUGUGGCAAACACUUUAAUUCUAUAUUAAAUUUUCUACGAGAUGAACACGUAGCUCUUCCUGAUAAGACGUAUGAAAUUGCAGAACUGUUAGCUGAAGCCAAAUUUUAUCUUAUUUCACCACUAGUUGAAGCAUGUCAACACGCAUUACGAUCAAGACAAUGUAAAAUUGAGCCUCAGUGCCGUGUUCCUUUAAUAUCGUCAAGUCCUGAUUUAAGUCAACUUAUUACGCUGAGUACCAAACCUACUGUGAAACUUCUUAUAAAUAGACACAACAAUAAGUAUUCAUAUACAAGUGCUUCUGAUGAUAAUCUACUGAAAAAUGAAGAAUUAUUUGAUAAACUAUCAUUGCGUUUUGGUUCAAGAUUCCUGUUUAUUAAAGAUGUUAGUGGUUCCAGUGAAAUAUGUUGUUGGAGUUAUUUUGGCCUUGCUGUCAAAGUAGCUGAAGUUUGUUGCACAUCAAUUGUGUAUACAACUGAUAAAAAACAUACCAAGGUUGACUUUCCUGAGGCAAGAAUUUAUGAAGAAUGUCUCAAUUUGAUGUUGUAUGAAAAUCGUACUGAGCCUGAUCAAGAGCUAAUGCAAGCAACCUCCUGGCGUGGUGCUGUGUCAAGCAUGUCUUCAACGUAUGGCAGUGAUGAUGAAGAAGAACGAAAUCGAAUAGCUUUUCGAAAAAGAUUAGUAUAGGGUUCUUUUUUUAGGAGCGUUUUUCAAAAAACCUUCAAAAAACUAUUUUAAUUAUAAAUUAUGUACAUAGCAUUUAUAUUUAAGUUGUAAUGUUAGUACUUAUAGAGCUGCAGAAGGUUUUUUCUCUCAUAAUAAAAAAUGAGUCUUUUUUUUUUAUAUUUUUAAUAAUUGUAUAUAAAAAGGAACAUUUUACCAAAUAUAUUUAUGACACACUAAGUUUAGUAUAUAUAUUUCAUAUACUAUAUAUUAUGACGAUAUAUUUUAUACUAAUUUUAUUUACUCUUACUGAUGAUAUAAUCCUUUUGUAUUUGAAAUUAUUGAUUUUAGUUUGUCUGUACGCA